AUGAGUGGUGUCUCAGUGAACCAAACAGACUGCCCUGAGGUGAAGGUCCCCUUCACUGUCUUCUUUGUCGUUGGAGCCGUCAGCCUGGCUGAGAACCUCCUGGUUGUGGUGGCCGUCAUUCGCAACAGGAACCUCCACUCACCCAUGUACUGUUUCAUCUGCAGCCUGGCUGCCUUCAACACUAUUGCCAGUGUGACCAAAACCUGGGAGAACCUGAUGAUAGUUUUAUCUGACAUGGGACAGCUGGAGAAGAGAGGCCCAUCUGAGACCAAGCUGGACGAUGUGAUGGACUCCCUGCUGUGCAUGUCCUUUGUGGGCUCCAUUUUCAGUUUCCUGGCUAUCGCUGUGGACCGUUAUAUCACCAUCUUCCAUGCGCUGCGAUACCACAACAUCAUGACGAUGCAGAGAACUGGAGCCAUCUUAGGAGCCAUCUGGACCACGUGUGGAGUGCUGGCCGUGCUGACGGUGACGUUCUUUGACUUCAAGUUUGUCAUGAUCUGCCUCGUCGUCUUCUUCAUCGUCUCCUUGGCGGUCAUCUGCUUCCUCUAUGUCUACAUGUUCAUGUUGGCUCGCAUCCACGCCAAGAGCAUUGCAGCUCUUCCCAACGUCAGGAAGUCUGGACUCCAGCAGAGGUGGAGCAGCAACAUGAGGGGAGCUCUGACGCUCACCGUUCUGUUCGGAGCGUUUGUUGUGUGCUGGGUGCCGUUUUUUCUCCAUCUCAUCAUCAUCAUGGUGUGCCCCAUGAACCCGUACUGUGAGUGUUACAGAUCCCUGUUCCAGCUGCACGUGGUGCUGAUGAUGAGCCACGCCCUCAUAGACCCCGCCAUCUACGCCUUCCGCAGCGCCGAGCUCAGGCACACCUUCAAGAAGAUGCUGCUCUGUUCUGACAGCCAAUUGUGCUCCUAAACAACAUCUGUGUACUUUCCAUUGUUGGCUUUAUUUAUCCAAAAAAAGUGAAUGC